AUCAAGGUCUCCACAACUGGCAAGCCAAAUCAGUAUGGUAUCAUGGCGGCUGUUGGGUGGCAUAGGUCAUUUGACCCCGCAACUGAUGUUGCAUUCUAUGCCACCAAACCUGGAAAAGAACAAAUCUACAAUACUUGUCUCACAAAACUACCUGGUGUUGCUCAAGAGUAUCGUGAUCGGUUGUUCACUUUACUUCCACAUGCUGGACGCCAAAUUGUAUCUGAAUCUAUGGAAGGCGGUAUUCCUUCAUUUGAUAUGGUGUCUCUUGACCAAGGAACAACACCUCAACGACCUUUCGCUAAUUCCCUUACCUUAACUCACAAUGAUUUUGCAAACUACCUCCACACUGAUCGUGAUCACAUCCCAAUCGCAUAUGGGAUGUGGUGGGUAUCUAAGCGUGAAAAUGUUAGAGGCCCAUUUCAAUUUCAUCCCCAAGCCGAUCAUUAUCGCAUUCCUGGUGGUUCCUUUUUCUGGGGUGAGUACAACAUCGGUGUAAACUUUUCCAAGGCGGCUGGACUGGUUGAAAUUUUCUGGAGGGGUCAGAAAGAUUUUCAUUGCACCAUGCAGAGUCAUAGCACCAAUGAUAUGACAAGAUGGGGCACUUCAGUACAGAUCACUGCGGCUGGUGUCCAAUCUGUUGCAAGAUUCAAUUCUUCUAAUGACCCCACUCGGGUUCGUAAUGCAGGGGAGAAGCAGAAACAAAUGGUGAACGCUUCAAAGGUAUGUGAAUGA